AUGAGCUCCAACAUCACACCCUUCUCCGGCAUCCCCCAACGCGAUGCACCCUCAAAUUCGCCUUCCGACCAAGACACGCCCAUGCCGAUGUCUUACUACAUCGAAAUACUUCUCUCUCUCUCCAAGGCAGCGAAGAAUACAGAAUCAAAGUUUAAUCUUCCUGGUCGGCAUAUUGACCCGGUCUUACUUCCGAAUCAAAUGCCUUUAUCGAAUACGUCCUCGGAUCCAAAGGAAACUCACAAGGAUCCACUCGCGGUCGGAUCAUAUCCAGAAGCUCAAAAAUCUACCGAACUUGUCAAACCAUCCUCUGCCGCAAUGGUUAGAAAGCCAAGACAGAAGAUGACGUUGACUGAAUGUGCCCGGAAGAUGGAGAGGUCGUAUCGAGGAAUCGCACGUCACGCCUCCGAAAUUUCAGACACUUUUAGGGAUCUCGAUACUAGUAGGGUCCAUAAGAGAGAGCGUACUGUGACUGCCACCGACACAGUAGAUCAGAAGAGUACCAAGAAUCCGAAAAGGACAAAAGCUCUACCAGCUCGUGUUCCGCGUUCUCGGACAACCUCUUCAAAACCUUCUAUGCUUCCGAAAAUCCCUGUUGAACCUUCACGGACGGUAUUGAAGCCAAGAAUACGACUUUGUCUGGCAAACCAAAUUAAGUAUUGCAAUUUGGUACUAAACGAUCAGGAUUCGAAAGAGAACGUUCCUUGUGGUUCUUUGUUGAGUAAAAGUGAAGGAAGGAAAAGUGAUUUGGUAGAAAAGAAAUCCUUGUAG